AAUAUUCAACAAUACAGUAAGUACGUAAAUGAUAUUGUAGUUGUGUAGAUUUAUCAUUCACAGCCGGUCCAAUCCAAUCAGUCGACAGCGGCGCGAGUGAGUAGUGGUCUGUGCGUUGCGAAAAAUAUUUUAUAGAGUAAACUCAUAAACAUGAGAUACAACGAACUUGGUGAUACUGGGAUGAUGGUUUCCCAUAUCGGUCUAGGAGGGGCAGCAUUCAGUAACAUAUAUGGAACGUAUGAUGAAAAACGAAGUUUCGAGCUUAUAAAAGAGUCGCUGAAUCGAGGCGUGAAUUACUUAGAGACUGGGCCAUGGUACGGUCAAGGCAGUUCCGAGAGGACUAUAGGAAAGGCACUUAAAGAUGUACCGAGGAGUUCUUUUUUCAUCGGUAGUAAAGUUGGACGCUACGAGAAGGAGCCAGAAAAAAUGUUUGACUUUUCAGUAGAGAAGACCGAAGCUGGCGUGGACAAUACGCUAGCUCUGCUCGAUUUGGAUUACGUGGAUCUCAUUCAGGUCCAUGAUGUGACGUUUGCGCCCGACAUAUCGAUUGUACUUAAAGAGACUCUUCCAGUACUGGAAAGGGCGGUGCGAGAUGGAAAAGCUCGAUAUAUCGGGAUAGCCGAUUACGAUAUAGAUUUGAUGAAAGAAAUCGUCGAAGAAUCUGAAGUCAAGAUAUCCACAGUGUUAUCGUAUGCAAAGUCUACGCUCUUUGACAAUCGCUUACAGAACUACACAAACUAUUUUAAGAGUAAACGUGUAGCCGUGAUCAAUGCGGCUGCAACUGGGAUGGGCCUGCUCUCUAACAAAGGACCACAGCCAUGGCAUCCGGCUAGCGACGACAUUAAAGCUAUCUGCAAACGAGCCUCUGACUACUGCAAAAGUAAGAAUGUGGAAUUGGCUCGCAUCGCGUCGUGGUUCACGUUAAAUCAACCCGGCAUCGACGUCAAUAUAUGCGGUUUCUUCAACGUGGAACAAAUGGUUGACACACUCGACUUAUUGGAGAGCGGUCUUAGCGAACAUGAAAAAAUAGUUCUCUCUGAGGUCCAAACUAGAUAUUUUGAUAAAGUGACACUACACUGGGACGACGUAGAGCUGCCAGCGUACAAAGCCGAACUCGACAAAGUUGUUAAUAAAUAAAUUUUAGUAAAAUAAUUUAUAUCAAAUUUUACAUUUAAUGUGUAAUUAAAAUCAAUCUCUCCGUGUUAUGUGACAAAAUAUACUAAAAGAAACUACAAAAAAAUAUUGUCUUUACUGUGUACUGAAUAUUUUCUGCGAUGGUUUAUAUCCUAUUAUACCUUUACAAUACUAAAUUUAUCUAUUCUUUAUAUGAAUGUUCAUCAAAUAAUGUGGCUCAAUAUCAACUGCACAAUUUUUGAUCAUAACUUUAUAUAUACUACUUGUAAUCU